CUGCAGUCUUUACAAGGCUCUCAGCCAUCAUCUCUAGGAGUAACAAAGAUAAACACAGAAAAUGGGGAAAUGCCAGAUGGUUCACAAUUUGGAGUUCCUUAUGUUGGGAAACUUGAUACUGCACUUCGUCCAGGAUGCACAGUUGCCAUUAAAGGAGAAGUGAAUAAAAACCCAAAGAGCUUUGCGAUAAAUCUGAAAUUGAGUGACUCAAAGGACAUUGCAUUACAUCUGAAUCCCCGAGUGAAAAAUAAAGUUUUUGUAAGAAACUCAUACCUUCAUGACAGCUGGGGAGAAGAAGAAAAGGAAGUUGCCAACUUCCCUUUCAGUCCUGGGAUGUACUUUGAGCUGAUCAUUUUCUGUGAUGCCCACCAGUUCAAAGUUGCUGUUAAUGGUGUUCACACUCUGGAGUACAAGCAUCGUUUUAAACAACUUGAAAAGAUCAACGUAGUGGAAAUCACGGGAGAUGUUCAGUUGUUAGAUGUGAGGAGCUGGUAG